UUUUCUUACAUUUGGCACCGCAUGCCUAGAGACCCAGGUGGGCUGGAUGGCGUGCCUUUGUUGUUUGUUGUCAGGUGCCGCAGGUGUCACUCACCCCGCUGGCAGUCGUGUCCGGCGGACCAGCUAAACAGGUACCAGGUGUGAGUGGAUACACAGCCAGCAAUGUGCGCAACAUUCCGGAACAUAACACCAUAAUGGCUCCCCUGGGACUAGUUACCUAGCAACCCUGAGAACAACAACUAGAAGUGUCAAGAGCACAAGUUGCAGAAGCUGUCCCUUGUGUUGGCGGGCGCUCCUGUCGGUGUGUCGGGAUGCGGCCGGUGGGAAACCGCGACACUGCGGGCGUCACGGAGGUGCGGACGCUGGAGACCGUUCCGAUUCGCAGCCGACCCCUGCUGGCACCCAUCAACACAGAGGAGCAGAAACAGAGGUUCCUGCAUCACGGGCACCUGCCAAAGUUCAACCUGCGCGGUUCGGAGGAGCGCGUGCAGGGCGCCAUGAGGACAAAAGUGGCGCAGAUCAAGUUUGACCACUUCCCGGAGGCAAAGAAAAUCCUGGAAACCGUCCGAGAAAAGUUUGGCGAUGAGGACAGGCUGGUGGAGGCGGCGUUUGGGCCGCUGAUCGACCAGACAGAGGCGACGCACAUGGUGAGCCAGUACCUGGUGGAGCAUGGAGUGGACGGGAUGCUGAAGAUACUGUGGAGUGGGGAUCUCAACUGCAGUGGUCGGAUGCAGUGGCGAGGUCCUGCCCAGAAGUACAACCGUCCCGAGCUGAGACGUUACUCCCUCUGGCUGCAGAACACAGCGGAGAACAUGUACCUCAGACAGCACGGCAUCAAGUGUCUCGUGGACCAUGAGGUCGGCACGCACUUCUUCCGCAUGUUGAACGAUGGGUUCCAGCCCUGGUACUCUAACCGUGACGGGUUCGGGCUGCGGUCCUGCCGCUCGUGGGAGGCCAUCGCCAUCGAGGAGGGCCUGGCCACCGUCAACACCAUGCUGCAGGCCAAGGUCAAGUACCUCUGGGUGCCGGCUCUGCUCUACUAUGCGUCCUGUAUGUCCACGGAGAUGUCCUUCAGCGACCUUUUCCAACAUCUUGAGACGUUCAUCAACGACGUCCACCAGCGCUGGAAGAUCGUGAUGAGGGAUCAGUGUUGGCCUGGCCGAACCUGGCAAGGAUCUGGGACGAUAAUUGGAUCUUGUCAAGAAGGUCUGUGUCUACAGUUGAUGCCAUGUUUUACAGGUGCUGUGGAGAUCCUCAGGAACCUGGAGGUCAUCGACUUCCACCUGCUGUACUCGGGGAAGGUCUGCAUCGACGAGCUCCCCCGCAUCCGGCGCCUGGCUCGCCGCGACUGCAUCAAACUGCCUCACUUCCUGCUGGACCAGGAAGCCUACAGGAAGAAGCUUCGCCAAAUGGCUGCUGUAAACAAUAUCGCCAGUCCGCACAGGAGGAACGAAACCAAGAAAGCUUCCGCCGUCUCGAAACAGCGAGCGGGGAACAUGUCAAGAAAGUUCAGCCUCUCUGUACCGAACUUAAAGAACGUUCCUGAACCGCCGAAGAAAAUCCUGCUGAAUCGGAGGAAAGCUGCUCCUAAUGUUUUGACAUACAGUAGGAAGUAUCAGUAUGUUUCAGGGUGAGCACAGUUUAGACAGCUGGUGUUAACAUUAGUAUUGUAUAGCUUGUUACAUUUAAGUGGACCAUGACUCAACCAGAAAGAAAGAUAGACUCUAAAAUGUGUGCCAUGUUGGCAAAGUGUGAUAUGUACUGUCAGGCUUGUCAUUGAGUUCAUAAUGAUUAUAAUUUAAAUC